CGAGUGAAGGGCGGGUGAGAAGAAGCUUUUAGGCCAACGCACAGGCCGGUCAGCACCUUCGCCACCGAGACACUGGCAACAAUGAGUGCCUCAUCUGCCCAGUUGCGUGACCUCCGCGCGCGUCUGAACCAGUUACGCAUGCCGGAACUUCGCAACAUCCUCAUGGACCUCAACUUGGCGCGUUCUGGACGCAAGUCGGAGCUCGUAGAGCGUAUCACCAUCGAACUGGAGUCCUUCGCCGACAAGGCUCGAGGCACCACGUCCGCCGCAUUCUACGCCGAGCGACUCGCGGCUGGUAUGCGGAGCAUCGAGCAGCAGCAGACGAGAGGAAGAACAGCCUACAUGCCGGCGCCGCAAGUCGUACAGGGCGGCUAUCACACGGGCAACAUGUCGUCGCAGAUCCCGGGACGUUAUGGGGCAAUCCCACCCACGACUCCACCGUCUCGGUCUAUUCCCGCCCCUAUAUACGGGCGCAACCCUGCGCCUCGACCUCCAGUGGCGUAUGGAGCAGUAAAUGUCGCUCCACAAGGAACAGGUGUGAUCCCGUUGACCAGUGGAGUGGAUCUGUAUAACCCGACACAAGCUGCGGCGCUAAACGGCGCGAGAUGCUUCUGUGUGACGCAAGGAGUGUCAGGCAAGGUGAUCAAGUGUGUGGAUUGCGGCUUGGCAGUACAUGCCAAGUGCCAUCAGCUGAUAACGCUGAGUGGCGAGUGGUAUUGCGAAAUAUGUCGAGCCAAGACGUACGAUCCGUUCUAUCGAGUGCAGAAGACAGUGCUGGAUCCCAAUUUUGUGCGCUUCGCCAAGCCGGCCAGCUCUUUCCGACUAGAGUACUACAUUACCGACAACGACCUUAACAACAUGUAUGCUAACAGAGAUCCGAAGCCUGGAUCGAUGACGCCAGGAUCGUUGGAGCUGCAGCUGCGGUGCUUCGCAGUGAAAGAAGAUCUCGCAGCAGGACAUUGCUGGCCAGCGUCGACACAGUUGAGCGUGAACGGUUUCGGCGUACCGAUCACACAGCGUGCUCCUCCUGGACACGCAAACCCUUCCAAAGUAUUACGAGAGCUACCAGCAAAUAUUUUCCAGUACUCACGAGUAGGACGAAACGUGGUGGACAUACGGACUACCGAGAACCCGUCGGUGUUCGGAUUCAUGGUGCAGAUCGUGGAGGUGCGCAAUAUUAACGAUCUCGUCAAUGAGGUAAAAGAGGCAUCAAAGAAUCUGACGUACGAGGGUGCCAAGCAAGAAGUUAUCAAGUCGUUUGGCAGUGAAGAUGAAGAUGAUGUCGUCGCUACUGUCACAAUGUUGUCAGUUCGCUGUCCGCUGGGCUUGUGCGUGAUUAAUCUCCCAGCGCGAGGGAUACACUGCAAGCACUUGCAGUGCUUUGACCUGAAAACGUUUAUGAUGUUCAGCAAGAAAGCGCGGUCAAAGGCGUGGCGGUGUACAGUGUGCCAUCGAUUUAUCAAGGCAACCGAUUUGCGGAUUGAUCCUUAUUUAAAGAAGCUUCUUGCAGAAGUCGAAGGUGAGGACGAGCUGGAGGAGGUGGAGAUCUUCCCGGAUGGAUCAUGGAAACGGAGGCUAGAGGAAGACUUGCCCAUUCCGUACUGGCUGUACAAGUUGCACGGUCUUGGAGUGGAGUACAAGUGCGAGAUCUGCGGCAACCACAGCUACUGGGGACGACGUGCAUUCGAUCGACACUUCCAGGAAUGGCGUCAUGCCUUUGGUAUGCGCUGUCUGAAGAUCCCCAACACGAAGCAUUUCCACGAUAUCACGCUCAUGAGAGACGCUAUCCAGCUUUACGAGAAGUUGAAAGAUCAGAUCGACGCUGAGAGCUGGAAUGCGUCGAAUGAGGAGGAAUUCGAGGACUCGGAAGGUAACGUGCUGAACAGAAAGACGUACGAGGAUCUGGCUCGCCAAGGCUUGCUGUAA